AGCUCUACGACACUAACAAGGAAUUGGUUUAAAAUUAAAAAAUUUACUCCUCUAAAUUUUCUUAUAGGGUCGGCUAUAGAUGCUCUUAAACCCCAGGAAUCUUCCGCAGAUUUUCAUAUUUCCUUUGUGCACGAGAAAAAGUAGCGUUUGGCCAAGGUACCCUUUGCACCGCUUACUCGGGAGCUAUGUUAUGUAGCCUGGCACCACUAGCAGAGCACUAAUGUGAGCCGAGCUGAAGCUGUCUCCCCAGAUGUCGUCCAAGAAACAGAGGAGAAAUCGCAUAGGCAUACCGGUGCAGAGAGUGAGAGAGUAUUCAUCACGUGCCCUGGUAAGCAGAGCACGCGGCAACGCAGCCUGCCCGCCCGACAACCGGAGACAGAGGCUACUCCCGAAGUGGAAAGGUCAAAGCGGUUGCUCUGUUCGACUGCUGCACCUGCAUGGGAGGACCAGACAGGCAGAGUAAACAAAGCAGAGCAUGCCAGCACGAGGCCACCGGUCCGCGCACUGUCUUCUGAUCUAACGGUCGUCUCCUUCCUCGCGACCGCCCAAGCUCCGUAUCCGCCUUGCCCUGCGGACUGCCGUGCACGGGCACGUUUGCCUCUGCGCCUAAGCAAACCACGUCCCAACCCUUCCAGGCCAAGAAACCGCUCCGAUUUAUGCCGGCCACCCCGCGCCCAGCGACAUGCCGCCGCCACUGCACCCCAAUCCAAGAACGCCGCGGUUCGUACAUGGCGCACGCUGGUGACAUGACGGCCUUCUACGGCGCCUGGGUGGGCCGCGAGGAGGAGAUCGUGUCCGACCUCACGGCCGCGCUCGGGGCGCGCCGGCGCGACGCGCUGGCUCCGCUCGUGGACGCGGCCAUGGACCACGUGGCCACCUUGUACGAGCACAAGGCGAGCCUCGCCGACCGCGACGUGGUGGCCGCGCUCGACCAGCGCUGGCUCAACCCGCUGGAGCGCACCUUCCUGUGGGCGUGGGGCUGGCGGCCCGCGCUCGUGUUCCGCUUCGUGGACGGCUCAGGCAUUGGCCCGCGCCAGCGCCGCGAGCUGGAGGACCUGCGCGCGGCCACGGCGGCGGCCGAGAAGGAGGUGGACCGGGAGGUGGCGGCCGUGCAGGAGUCGCUGGCGGGGCCGCGCGUGCUGGAGGCGCUGCGCCAGCGCCGGCAGCACCCGCGCAACGGCGUCCAGGCGGACGAGGCCGUGGCCGCGGUGGGGCAGUCGCUCCGCGUGCUGCUGGCCGCGGGCGACGCGCUCCGCGAGCGCACUGUGCGCGGCGUCGUCGGGGUGCUGGCCCCGGACGCGGAGCAGGCUGGCGCCUUCUUCGCGGCCAUGCUGAGGUUCCACCUGGGCGUCCACCGCGCCGGCCGCGCCUGGAGCUCCGGCCACGGCGGCGGCCGGCGAGGCCUCUAGCCGGUGAACUCCACCCAAAAUUAUACCCCGUUGCGUCCGAUUAUGCACGAGGGGAGAAAUAAUGCCCCGCAUUAGAGUGCAUUGUCUGUGUCAGGCUAGACUAGCCAUUGCAAUAAGAGUCGGCCGAGUCAUGUUUUCUCGGGUCGUCCGGUCAUGUGUUCACUUGUUGUUUGCCAUGUCGAAUUGCUUAUCAUGUGGACUGUCGGUUUCAAUGGUGGCGGCCGGCGUAAGUCGCCGCCUUCCGAUGUCCAGUCACUCGCUACUCGCUAGUCCAGCGUCAAGUAUCAUCGUCUUGCCUGGGCAAUCUGGUCGUUGCGAGUAUCAAAUUAUAAGAUUCUCUAAUUGUACGCACUCGGCAAAGUCUGCGAGUUCUAAGAUUUGUGCCAACCUAUGGCCCAUCUGCAUGUAUAGUUCUUGUAUUGGUAUCUCAGCUGUCGGUAUUUUAAUAUAGUCAAAUCACUAUCUGGCCUACAAA